AUGGAGGGAGAAGUCGAGAUCGAAGUCGGGAAGGAGGAAAUGGAUGAGAUGAAGCUGGAGGAGGCGAUUGGUAAAAUUGAGGGGAUUCAUCUGGAGGGUUCCCGAGAAGUCGAGGCCGUGGAAGGCGACAACAACGAUGAUGUGGAGGACUCCAGCGCUCGGGAGUGGGCAAGACUCGUGGCCGCUGCACGGCGGCCCGGCACAGGCUUCCCAGCGCGUGCACACCGCGACGGCCUGCUACGCACCCGCCCAGACUCCUUCACCGGUGCGGAGGCGGUGGAGUGGCUGGUGAAGAACUGGCCGGCCUCGAGCGAUCGCAGCGAAGCCCUCCAGCUGGCCGGCCGCCUCUUGGAGGAGGCUGUGAUCGUGCCCGCGAAGGAAUCCACCGAGGCCAAACCCGCAUUCGAAGAGAGUGCGCUCUACCACUUCGCCGAGAGAAGGAAGGUGGUUGUUGUGGGUGGUGGCUUCUCUGGCCGGAAGGUGGCGAUGAAGCUGCAAUCGUCAUUCGACGUGACGCUGGUGGACAACAAAGACCACUUCAUGUGCAUCAUCUCGCUUCCCGCGUGCCUGUGCGACACCGACCAUCUCGAAAAAGUCACCGCGCCCCAUACCAAAUACUUGUGGGACUGUACGAUCGUGGUCGAUGAAGUCGUGGGCCUGGACAGGGAGGGCAACACGCUCCUGCUCAAGUCCCACGGGCCGCUGCCCUACGACUACCUCGUCAUCGGCACCGGGUCUCGAUAUCGAGUCCCCGUGCAGGGCAACGACCAAGUCCUCGUCAUCGACCCUCUGCAACCCUCGUCCCUCCUAGAACACAAAGCGGCUCUGGCCAAAGCCACGUAUGUAACCGUGGUUGGUGCUGGGCCUGUGGGCAUCGAAAUCGCAGGCGAGAUCAUUCACCACUGCGCUGACAAGCAGCUGACCGUGAUCUAUUCGGGUAAGAAGAUGCUCGAGCGAUACUGUCGGGGAGCUCACAAGAACAUCAAGCGGUACCUGAACGGAACGGCCAACGCGCGCAUCCUCAAGGACCAAAAGGUCGUGAGCGCCGAAGGCGACUCGCUGCUCACCACCAAGGGGGAGCGAAUUAGGACGGAUGUGGCCUACUUCUGCGUGGGCUUCGUGCCCAACACCGACUUCCUGCAGGCGGAGUGCGGCGACCUAUUGUCCGAGCGGGGGCACAUCAAAGUCAACGAAUACCUGCAGGUCAAGGGCCACCCCAACAUCUUUGCAGUCGGCGACGUGGCCGACAUCGACGAGGAGAAGCUCGCCCAGGCACUAUGCUUUUCCUGA